CUUGGAGGAGGAACGAAAAGGAAACACGGGGUAGCUCUCAACACACAGCGUCCGUGGAGUAGAAAACACGCUGCCCUGAUUCACGCCGAUUCACUCUCAGCGGAAGCCUCGUGGUUGAGCCUGGCCGGCAUCAGGCAGCGCACCGGCCAGCGAGGACGACAGCCCGUAACGUGUGGCACCAUAAAACGAAGGAAGCACGAAAAGGGAACUUAACGAAACCAUGUCGGGGGUUACAAAAAGAAACUCGAACUCCUCGUUGAGUAAGGAUGAGGACCCGCAGGUCACGGAGAAGAUGCUGGGGAGCCCCGCCAAAGCCGGUGGAGAGACAGGCGAGGAAACGGUCGCCUUAAAGAGAAACAUCACGCUGCUGAACGGCGUGGCCCUCAUCGUGGGCACCAUCAUCGGCUCGGGCAUCUUUGUCACGCCGACUGGUGUGGUGAAGGAGUGCGGCUCGGUGGGCUUGUCCCUGGUGGUGUGGGCUGUAUGCGGGGUCUUCUCCACGGUGGGAGCGCUGUGUUACGCCGAGCUGGGGACCACCAUCGCUAAGUCCGGAGGGGACUAUGCCUACAUCCUUGAGGUGUACGGCUCGCUGCCGGCUUUCCUCAAACUCUGGAUCGAACUGCUCAUCAUCCGGCCGUCCUCGCAGUACAUUGUCGCCUACGUUUUCGCCACAUACCUCCUCAAGCCCAUUUUCCCCGUGUGCUCGGUACCGGAGAACGGGGCUAAACUAGUGGCCUGCCUUUGCAUCCUCUUGUUGACCUUUGUGAACUGCUACAGCGUGAAGGCAGCGACCAGAGUUCAGGAUUUCUUCGCUGCAGCCAAGCUGUUGGCUCUGGCCCUGAUCAUCAUCAUUGGCUUUGUUAAGAUUGGUCAAGGCGGCACCGAUUCACUUCUCCCUGAAAAUUCCUUUGAGGGCUCUAAGUAUGAGUUUGGCAGCAUCGGUCUGGCGCUCUACAGUGGCCUGUUUGCUUACGGUGGUUGGAAUUACUUGAAUUUUGUUACUGAGGAGAUGAUCGAGCCUUACAAAAAUCUUCCUCGAGCCAUUAUCAUUUCUCUGCCAAUCGUGACAGCAGUGUAUGUUCUCACCAACCUGGCGUAUUUCACCACCCUCUCAACUGACGAGAUGCUCAACUCGGAGGCUGUGGCUGUGGAUUUUGGCAAUAAACACCUUGGUGUGAUGGCUUGGAUCAUUCCAGUGUUUGUGGGCUUGUCCUGCUUUGGCUCUGUCAAUGGUUCUCUCUUCACAUCAUCAAGGUUAUUCUUUGUGGGCUCCCGGGAAGGACACCUGCCCUGUCUGCUGUCAAUGAUCCAUCCGACCUUACUGACCCCGCUUCCUUCUCUAAUAUUCACUUGUGUAAUGACACUGCUUUACGCCUUCUCCAAUGACAUCUUCUCCGUCAUCAACUUCUUCAGCUUCUUCAACUGGCUCUGCAUCGCGUUGGCGAUUGUUGGGAUGAUGUGGCUCCGUCAUAAGAAGCCGGAGUUAGAAAGACCAAUUAAGGUGAAUAUCCUGCUCCCGGUGAGCUUUGUGCUUGCCUGCCUGUUCCUCAUCAUCGUAUCCUUCUGGAAGACUCCAAAAGAGUGCGGGAUUGGUUUUGGCAUCAUUGCCACCGGUCUACCGGUCUACUUCUUUGGUGUAGUAUGGAAGAACAAACCCAAGUGGCUGUUGGAUUCAAUUUUCUCAACCACGGUCUUUUGCCAGAAAGCAAUGGAGGUGGUGCCUUAGGUGUCUCAAGGGCUUCGAUCGUCUCCUCCAAGCUCCUCCGACAUCACAGCUCAACAGCCCUGAGCCCUGAUGAUCUCUCUCACUCGCUAUCCUCGCUCAACGACACACAACACACCACACGCCUACAUGCACGCACACACACACACACAUACACUUUGCAGGGUGAUGCCAAGAAGUGAUGAAGACCACAUCAUGCAAGAGUCUGAAGUACUGUACUUCAGUGUACAACUUUUUGUCCGCUGCUGUGUUGACUUCCGUUAGUCACUGACUAAUCUGCACUUAUGUUAGGGUCGUCUUUAUAUUCUGCUAUGAUGUAUGUUUUUAUUUUUAGUUCAGUUCUAAACAACCUUGGGCCAAGUAGUAUUAGCAGGAAGAAAUUCAAACAAAACAAAAAUUGCUGGAGCCUUUUAUUUUUUCUUGUAUUAGUCUCCAGUCUAAUAAUGUUUGUUAAACCAUCUUUGGGUAGUGACUCAACUUUUGAGUUGCUGGUUUAUGCCUCAUCUUAAUUACCAUAAUUUCCGGACUACUGAGCCACACCCUCUAAGUAGAAAAAAGAUUAAAGGAAUUUAUACACAUAUAGGGUCAUUCUCAGUCCAGACCAGUGGUUCUUAACCUGGGUUCGAUCGAACCCUAGGGGUUCGGUGAGUCAGUCUCAGGGGUUCAACAGAGCCUCCACUGAGGAGGUCCAAACAAACCUGAUUUAUCGUGUAAAUUCUGAUUUGCCAGUAUGUAAUUUGUUGAUUUCAUGCAUUGUGUUGGUUUUGUUCUUUGAACAAGGUGAUGUUCAUGCACGGCUCAUUUUGUGCACCAGUAAAAAACAUGAAUUUAAAAAAAUAUAUAUUUCACUAGCAAGGGGUUUGAUUAAUGCGCAUAUGAAACUGGUGGUGUUCGGUUCCUUCAACAAGGUUAAGAACCACUGGUCGAGUGGCAAAAUAACUGCCUGAGAUGGAUAAUAAAAAGUACAUUUUGCUGCUUAAGUCAUAUUCCACAAACGUUUAAUCGGAACUAUUAAUCAGAAUGCCAUGUUUAGACUAUUAUUAUAAAGAAAAUCUUUGGGUUGACUUCCCCUUUAAGCAGCAAAAGCGUGUGAAAAAAAUAGAGGCCCCUGGUCGGGAAAUUAUGCUACAUGCAAACACGAUUCAUUCUGCGGUCUGUGAGUCAGUUGAUUAGCAUAUGUAUGGAAAUAUGGUCAUAAUGCACAUUGGACUUUUUUUGUAAUCAACACCCAAAAAUGUUAGGUCCAUGUUUUCUGUCCUGGUGUGUGCAUGUGGGUAUGUCCUUAAUGGAAGAAGAGGGCGAUAGACAAGAGAUCCAUAAUAAUGCUUCAUUCAUGUCGAAAACGGUUUUAGUUUCUUGUCUUGGGGAUAGUUGACACACAUUAUGAACCCCUAGUUUGUCUUGUCAUCAUGUUUUCAUUUUCUUGGUUUCGGAAGAUGCGUUCCUCAACCUUUUAGGCACCCAAUUGUUGCCAUAGAGACAAUGUUGGACAACGUACAUCAUGUUAUUCUUUUUUCUUUUCUUCAAAGUACAGUACAAUCCUGCAGCCAUGAUGAGAUGUGGAUGGGGAAACUAACUUGUUUAGGACUGUAGAUAUUUUAUUUAUUUAUUUUCUAGAAAACACUGUUGGUUAAUAUUAAUCCCCUUUGUUUACAGUUCAUUUUAUGGAAAAAUACUUUUCAAAUAAAUGUUUUUGUCCUGCU